GUAACACCAGACAUAUAGAAGUAUUCUCUUAUUUUCACUUUUCCAUACUAAUUUUAUAUUUCUUCAAAACAAGAUAGUUGAUGGCAUCCCCAAAAAGUAAGAUUUACCCUGAUAAAGAUGAUUUCCCAUCUGCAAUGUCGUCUUCAAUAGUAAGCAGUGAAAUUGAAGCUGAAAUCAAAUAUCUUGCAACGGAAAUAUACGGGUCACCGUCAAUGGAGAAGUUGUACCAAUACCAGGGAUAUUGGUACUUGAAAUCUGAUCUCCAAGGAGUUAUUGCCGUACAAAAAUGGUGUGCCCGCAAUAAGUCUAGCGAUGAUCUUGGUGCCAGCAGGUCGGACGUUGUUCUCGCAACGUUCCCGAAAUGCGGGACGACAUGGUUCAAGGCCUUGAUCUUUUGCAUCAUGAACAAGAAUUUGGGAGACGCUCAUCUUGAAGAGUCCCUCCGGUGUCAUUCCCCUCAUGACUUUGCCAAGUGGCUCGAGUACUACGGUUACAAAAACCAUGACAAUCCCAUACCCUCUACUAAGAUCCUCUCCACGCAUAUGCCCUACAGUGCAUUGCCAGGUCUCAUUAAGGACUCCACCACACCCAUAGUCUAUGUUUCUCGAGACCCUAAGGACAACGUAGUCUCCCUAUGGCAUUUCCUGAACAAGAUGAAGGGUCGGGACACACCAGGUAUCGAGUUAGAUAAGGUGUUUUACUCGUUCUGUAACGGGGUAUCCCAUUAUGGCCCUUUCUGGGACCAUACCCUCUCCUAUUGGCAUGCUUCUCUGGAAUCUCCCCAUAAAGUACUCUUUCUCAGGUAUGAGGACAUGAUAGCCUCUCCUGUAAUACACAUCAGCCGCCUUGCCAAUUUCAUUGGUCAUCCAUUCACUAUAGAAGAAGAGAAGAUGGGACUUAAGGAGAGAAUCAUAGAUAUUUGUAGUUUUGAUAAGUUGACUUCCUACGCUGCCAACCAAUCCCACAAAGUCAAACCCAUCACGCCUUCCUUAGGGCAACUCCAAUGCUAGAGUCCAUUGCAGUUCCAAGUCAUCAAUUGCACUUUACUUUACCAAAUCUAUUCUCCAAUGCAAAUAUAAAUGGACCUCCAAAUCUGAUGUGGCAAUAACAAGGGUCCAGCACUAGUUCUACAUAUGCACCUUCGGUCCGACUUUCUGAGUUCUGACAACAAAAGAAUUAGUUUGCUUCUAGUGCAUGAACAUUUGCUUUUCUCUUCCAUCAAUUAUCUUUUUUAUUUAUUUAUUUAUUGCUGCUUGCUGCAUUGGAGUACAAACUCAAUAGACUAGGGUCUUUUGUUAUUUUUUGAUCUAGACCUUCUCCAUUUCAUUGCCACAUCAGCACCAAUGCACAACACCAUUGGAGAUGCUCUUAUCAGUAUCAAACUCCAUGUUCUUCCGCACAGGCAAAGUUGGCGACUCACGCAAUUAUCUCAGCCCAGAAAUGUUUUCCUUUCUUGAUGACAUCAACAAGAACAAAUUGAAGGGAUCUGGAUUACAUCUCUAAUUUUUGGUUAAUGGAUUGAUUACCUACAUAUCUACUGUGUAAUGAUAAACCCCCUUUUAUCUCUAAAACUCUACCAGGUUUGACUGGCAUGAGAAACAAUAAAA